GACUGUAUUCGUUGAAUGAGGUGGAAAUCCUUGCAAUGCACAAUUUGGUUUAUGUAUCCCAAUUUCCUGGAAAUUAAAGGCAACGCUGCCGUGUGUGUUAGUUUUAAACUAAUAUUACUGUAAAACUGCUCGUAAAAGGCAGAGAGCUGGCGCAGGUUGCAGGUUGCCAGUGGACUAUGAGAGACAGUGGCGUAAGCCUGGCCCAAAACCGCUGGCAGGGGGAACUCUCCCUGACAGUGAGCCAGGAAGCCAGCAGUGUUGGGGGCAUGGCAGGUGGUCUAAAAGAUCCAAACUCCCCUCCCAACGCCACCAACCCCAUCCACCUCAAAUUAGGUCACAAGGAGAGGGUCUGGUCUGGAGACUACAUAGAACCAGUAGAGAUCGAUGAAGAAGUUGAAUUUGAUGAGAAUGAAGAAAAUGUGGAAGAGGAAGAAGAACAAGAUGAGGAAGAGAUAGAUUCUGAAUGUGCUCCAUGGGAGGAGAAAGAUGACGUGGAAGACUGGCAAAUGCCAUUUGAAUCAAAACCACAAAUCAUGCAUGUUAAUAAUUAUCAGCACCAGCCAUCCUCACACGAGGCAGAGGCCAGAUUCCUAGCCAGAGACUUUCCUGAGAAUCCCUUCCAGAUUCGGCUUCAUGGGCUAAGACAGCAAAGGCUGAAGAGAUGGCGAAGGCUUCGGUCUAGUGCAGGACUGCGUAACAGGCUUGUGCAGAAUUGGAAAACAUGGAGACAGCGGGCACAGUGGGUUGGCACCUUAGGAUAUAGAAGGACAAAGAGGUGGCGCCAGUAUAGCCUUAAUGCCAGCAAGAGACGAGACCAGGAUCAUUACAACAUGGGUUUAUUACAAAUAGGUUCGGAGACAACAAGCGAAGGACAAACAGAAAACCAGUUCUGUGGUUUCAAUGGUUAUCAUCAGGAUUCUCAGUCAAAUUUAGUCACAGUCACUGGACGGCGGGAAUAUCUUUCUAUGUUUGACAAGCCUACAACUCAGAAGAUGGAGGUGGUCCUCACAGAGGAACACAAGACUUAUGUCGAAGGUCACCUUGAUGAAUACCUUCAAAAGUAUGGAAGUCUAAUUCCUGUACAUACAGAUGAUAUUGUUCAGGAACUUAAGAGCAUCUUCAAUGAGGACUUCUCCCAGCCUCACAGGAAAGUAGUGGUGCAACAUUUAAUUCAGUCCUACCAGAGGUCACCAGGGACGGCCAUGGUUAAAGGGUUCCGGGUGAAUUACAAGCGGCAUGUUCUCACAAUGGAUGAUCUUAGCACCCUCUAUGGACAGAACUGGCUCAAUGACCAGGUCAUGAACAUGUAUGGAGACCUUGUGAUGGAUUCAGUGCUUGAAAAGGUGCACUUCUUUAACAGUUUCUUUUAUGACAAAUUGAGGACCAAAGGAUAUGAUGGAGUGAAAAGGUGGACAAAGAAUGUGGACAUCUUCAAGAAGGACCUGUUGUUGAUUCCCAUUCAUUUAGAAGUACACUGGUCACUAGUUUCAGUUGAUAUUAAACAGCGCUCCAUCACAUACUUUGAUUCCCAGCGAACCCUUAAUCGCCGCUGCCCGAAGCACAUUUUAAAAUACCUUCAAGCUGAAGCUAUAAUAAAAGAGCAGAGAAAUUUUCUCACAGGAUGGAAAGGUUUUUUUAAAAUGAAUGUAGGAAGACAGAAUAACGACAGUGAUUGUGGGGCAUUUGUCUUGCAGUAUUGCAAAUGUCUUGCAUUGGAUCAGCCCUUCACCUUCAUUCAACAGGACAUGCCCAAGCUGAGGAGACUUAUGUACAAAGAACUGUGUCAUUGCAAGCUCUCACUGUGAUAUUGGUGUAAAGACUGCACAGCCAGUGGGGAAAGUGAAACAUUUGAAAGAUAUAUUUGUCCAAAUGCCUGAGACACGUUACACAAAGGAUAUGUCAUCUUCACACUUUUUUUCGUUUUUAUUUUGUACAAGUGUUCUCUCUUGGUAAGUGACACCCAAUGUCUUGACUCAAAGAACUGAGACUGAGUUAACUGAUAGUUGACAACCUGUCUUAUUGUGACAUACUGCCUAAAUAGAACAUUUUCUUUCGUUUUUUUUUCUUUCUUUACUUUCUGUGCUUAAAGAUGUUGAAAAAUUCCUGAUCAAAAGUGUUGUCAUGAGAGUACUGUGCUCUGGUGUGAAAAGAGAAUCAUAUAUGCAGUUUUGUUUUUAAAUAAAUCAUCUUAUGGAAAUAAUGAUCCAAAUUUUUGUCAGAAGACAUGACUUUGCAAUUUAUGAUUAUGUAUUAUAUUAAAAUCAUCCAUGAAGUGUAUGCCAGGAUAGGACCUGGUGAGCUUACAACCUUUCAGUAAAACUCCCAAGGAAGGUUGAUGAUGGGUUUCUGAACAAGGUUUAGAUGGAUGCUUAAGUUAUACAGUACAGUGUUCACAGACAAGACACUGUUUCUUCAAAGAGAGAUUUUCACUCAUUCAAAAUAUGGAAAUGUUACCAGUGGAUUUGUAUGUUGUUCUUAAAGGGAUAGUUCACCCAAAAAUUUUAAUUCUCUAAUAAUUUACUCCCUGCAA